AUGAGCGCCCACGUCGUGGUGAUCGACGCGACGGCCAGGCGGGCAACUAUUAAGACAACUCCUACUAAACCUAUGACCGAUGUUCUACAAGAGGCUUGCAGGAAGCUUGGAUACAAUGCUACGGAAUACGGAUUGAAACACAAUCGCAAGCAACUAGACCUUUCCCUCUCCUUCCGCCUCACUGGAUUGAGCUCUGGAGCAAAGCUGGAGCUUGUACAGUUCUCUCGCUCUCCCUCCGUUGUCACCGUCGGUCUCCAACUCCCCGAAUCUGAAGCUCGAGGUGCCCCGAAUGGCCGCAUACUGGACAAAUUCCCAAGCACAACCACACUGUGGCUCGUACUGCGCAAGUUUGAGGCUGGCGUUGCAGGAAGUGGUCCCGUACGGAACCUCACUUCGCGUGCAGUGCCCGCCACCGAUGGCGGGGAGGGUGCGGGACGGCUUUACUACGAGAUGCCUGUACUUCAGAUCUUGGAGCGUGAGGUAUCAAACUUUACGGAUCUCCAGAAAACACUUGCCCAGCUUGGAUUUAACAGUGGAAAUGUGCUCAUGCGACUAAGCUUCCGACGAACAGAAGAGCCGAUUGAAAAUGCGAUGGGGCAGAUCGGCGAGUUCUUUAAGUCAGAGGAGGACGAUGCCCUCUCAGCACAGAAACAGCCAGCUACCCCCGCAAUGACUUCUAUGACAAGCAUUAGCGAAGAGCCUGCUCAGCAGCCAUCUAGCUCUCUGCAGUCUGACAGCUCCAGUGCACCCACUCCAUCAGGACCAGAUGCCAACCCUACAGCUUCUGAAGUAGCUCCCUCAACGACUGACCCAUCUGGACGAACUAUCACUGUCUUCUCUCCUCCAUCAGACAACACACCAUCAUCGGCGCAAAUAGCCUACAACGAGAAUGAUUACAUUCCCUCUAUUGAACAUGCAAAAUUGCACCAGCGGCUACUCAACCAAUCCUCGCGCAACCAACGCUUACCAACGGACGCCGAGGUAGCGGCCAAAGCAGAAGCCGAAGAGGCCAGGCGAGCAGCAAUCCAUGAGGUGAAUGUGAAGGUCCGCUUCCCUGACCAGAGCCAAGUAGUCGCCAAGUUCGGGCCGGAGGACACAGGAUACUCGCUGUAUGAAUUUGUGCGUGGAUGCCUUGCUCCACCAUUCGCCGGCGAGAAGUUCCACCUCACAGUCCAUGCCAUCACUCGGGCUCACAAUGCAACAACCAUUCCUGACUCAGAUAAAACCAAAUUGAUCAAGGGCCUUGGAUUGGCUGGCCGUGUAUUGGUCAACUUCUCUUGGGAUGAUAGCGUUGCUCAAUCCGUUCACGACCGUCGCGCGGAGGUGCUUCGCCCUGAGCUCCGAAGUCAGGCUCAGCAGCUCAAGGUGGAGCAGCCGCCGGAGCUUAAGGAAGUCGAGGAGCCAACAGCUCCCUCGCAAGCUGGACCGAGCAGUACAGGUGAUAAGCCUAGCGGCCCACGAAAGACCGGUGCUAUGCCCAAGUGGUUGAAGUUACCAGGAAAGAAAUGA